AUGGCCGACGAACUCACAAAACCGAUGGCGAAGCUCCAGCUCGACGAGGAGACUGGUGAGAUGGUCUCCAAAGCAGAGCUGAAGAAGCGCCAGCAGAAGCGGGCAAAAAAGGCGGCUCAGGAAAAGGCUCGCCAAGAGAAAGCAGCCGCCGGCCCUGUCGAACAAAAGGCACCCACACCCAAGGUGGAAGAGGCCCCCAUCGACCCCGAGGCCAUGUUCAAGCAGGGCUUCCUCGACGACGUCUACAAGGAGCGCCCGGUCAAGAAUGUCAUUACACGUUUCCCGCCUGAGCCCAACGGAUACCUCCACAUUGGACACGCCAAGGCCAUUGCGGUCAACUUUGGUUUUGCCAAAUUCCACGGCGGCGUCACCUACCUCCGAUUUGACGACACGAACCCAGAGAAAGAGGAGGAAAAAUAUUUCAACGCUAUUCAGGAAGUUGUCAAAUGGCUUGGAUUCGAGCCCUACAAGGUCACCUACUCGAGUGAUAACUUUCAAAAGCUCUAUGAUUUGGCAGAGAAGCUGAUCAAUAUUGGCAAGGCCUACGUUUGCUACUGCGAGGAUACUGAUAUAAAGCUCCAGCGUGGUGGUGAAAAGGGGUCCAGCCCAAGAUACCGCUGCAAGCAUGCUGAUCAGACCCCCGAGGACAACCUGGCCAAGUUCCGUGACAUGCGCGAUGGCAAGUACAAACCUCGCGAAGCCUUCUUGCGCAUGAAGCAGGACAUUACGGAUGGUAACCCUCAGAUGUGGGAUUUGGCGGCGUACCGCAUAAAGACCGACACCCCUCAUCAUCGUACAGGAUGGGACUGGAAAAUUUACCCGACCUAUGAUUUUACACACUGCCUGUGCGAUAGCUUCGAGGAUAUCACACACUCGCUGUGCACUACCGAGUUCAUUCUCAGCCGUGUUUCGUACGAGUGGCUGAACAAGUCACUUGAAGUAUACGAGCCGAUGCAGAGAGAGUAUGGACGUUUGAACCUGACCGGCACAGUGCUUUCGAAGCGCAAGAUUCUUAAGCUGGUGGAGGAAAAGAUUGUUCGCGACUGGGACGACCCGAGACUGUAUACACUAAUUGCCAUCCGUCGUCGCGGUGUCCCUCCUGGAGCCAUCCUUGAAUUUGUCAAUGAGCUUGGCGUCACCACCAACAUUACCACUAUCCAGAUCCACCGUUUCGAGCAGAGCAUUCGCAAGUACCUUGAGAAAACGGUGCCGCGUCUGAUGAUGAUUCUCGACCCUAUACCUGUCGUCAUUGAGGACGCCGAGGAAAUUGAGAUUGACGUCCCCUUUUCUCCCAAGGAUCCUAAGAUGGGAUCGCACAAGGUCAAGUUCACACCGACAGUUUACAUUGAUCGCUCCGAUUUCCGUGAAGAAGACAGCAAGGACUACUUCCGUCUUGCGCCCGGCAAGUCGGUUGGCUUGCUCCAGGCGCCGUACCCCAUCAAGGCCACCUCUUUCACCAAGGAUGAGGCCACGGGUAAGGUCACAGAGGUUCGCGCCGUCUUUGACAAGGAGUUGAAAAAGGCGAAAACCUAUAUCCAGUGGGUUGGCACGGCUGGGUCGAGGAAAGUAGAGGCUCGCAUCCACAAUGCUCUGUUCAAGUCUGAGAAGCCGGAAGACGCCGAGGGAGGGUUCCUCAACGACCUGAACCCGGAGAGCGAAGUCAUUUAUCCCGAUGCCCUCAUCGAGUCGGGCUUUGACGAGGUCAAGCGUCGCGCCCCGUGGCCUGAGGCGGCGGGCGAGAGCGAACUCGGCAAGGGCGGACCGGAAAGUGUGCGCUUCCAGGCCCUCCGCGUUGCCUAUUUUGCCGUGGAUUCUGAUAGCACUGACGACAAGAUUGUCCUCAACCGCAUUGUGAGUUUGAAGGAGGAUGCUGGAAAGAAGUAA